CACAAGUUUGUCAGCUUUUCUCAAAGACCUUGUCUGCCUGCCUCAGCCACUACCUAAUCUACUAAUGAUACCACAGAGUAUUAAUGAUACUACUCUUUGUAUUGUACCCUCAUUGUACCCUACUCAAUGCUAAGCAAGGAGCAAGCCAAGAUUUAUUUAUUCAGUUUCGUUUUAAACUGCUUUCGUUAACUCGAGCUAUAAGCAAUAAUAUAUUACUUGACGGACGUUACGAUUUACGGACAGUACUCUCUUUAGUACUUUUUGGAAUAGUAUUUGAAAAAUACUCAGAGGAAUCUCGUAAAUAUGGUGCAGUCCCAAUAUUCCUUAUCUUGGGAUGCAUAUAAGUCAAAUAUUUGUAGUGGGUUCAGUUCGUUGCAACAGAAUGAAGAAUUUGUGGACAUGACAUUAGCUGCAGAUGGUCACUUCGUGAAGGUGCACCAGGUUUUAAUGGCCCUUGCCAGUCCCUAUUUAAAAGAACUUAUAAGCUCGGCGCCUUGUCAACAUCCAGUCAUAUUUCUUAACAAUGUGUCAUACAAAACCCUUAGCUGUUUGCUUGAAUAUGUGUACACAGGGGAAGUUCUAGUGCCAUCUGAAAAUCUGAUAACUUUUGUAGAAGCAGCCAAAGCUCUUCAUAUUAAAGGACUAGAGGAUUUUCAUAAUCCUGAGGAGAUUUGCUACAAACCAGUGGACACUUUGUCACAGUUGGAGGAUAAUAUCCCAUGCCAUGGCAUCAAGAAUCUGUCUGUGCCGGACGAACAGGGGUCAACUCAGAUUGGUUUGCCGGCAGCCGCAAGGAAAGUACUAAUAAAAACUCCAGCAAAAAUGACACAAACUACUGAUAAUAAAACUAAACGGGAAGUGGAGAUGGAUAUGAGUUACACUGAGAUGAUGAAUGUACAGGAUUCAGACGAUGACAUGGAAGCGGCCGCAAUGUCGGAUUGUUCAAGCAAGACUGUAACUGACGACACAGGCAGCACUCCGCACUCGAAUCUGCAGUUCUCUGUAUCGAUCCGUGGUUCCCUGCAAGUGAUUCUGAACCGAUACAUCUAUAAUUUACAUUCUGUUAUUCACCGUUCGGGCGUCAAACGUUGGCGAUGCGUCGACUACCGAAACCACCGUUGCAAAGCUUUCAUCGUUACUAAAGGCAACGUCGUUUUAAACAGAGCAAACCUCCACAACCACUCAUUCCACGAUAAGAAGAUUCUUCAGAAGAUUGAAAAGAAAGCAGUAUUCACGGCUCUUGAUGAAAUUGAGGCUUUUAAACAAAAAGAAGACCACUUAGAAAACACAGAGAGUGAAGCACACUAUAUCACACUUGAUUUCUCAGAUGUGGACAACAAAUUGAAAAAAACAGUAUAAUAAAAUGUUCAUGUAUUACAUAAGUAUAAUAA